UUCUCCAUCAUUUCUUUUGACAGUCAAGGAAAGGUCUCUUAUCUUAUACUUGGUCAACAUUCGAUACAUCGGUUCCUCUCAUUUUGUCUUAUGAGUUUCGCUAGAGAUUUCUGUCAACUUCGGCACAUGGCACCAUCGGUGUUCUUUUAAACAAAAGAAAAAACCAGAUCACGGAAGGUUCAAACUCUGUGGUCCCGAUAUUUGAUCGGUCAAAAAACGACGCGUCUAUCCCUUCUAUGGUGUCGUGAACACGGAGAGCAUAAAGAGUAGUUUUUACUGAACACUGCAGGAAAAGAGGGACACAUUAGGUUUUUUGGUAAAGUAUACUUCGUAAGAUGCAGAAUUUAGUCUAGAAACAGUGAAAAGUGAGCACUGUGUGCGGAGUAAAAUCUGUUACAUUUACAGUGAAAAAUAUAUUUGACAUAGGUAUUUUUUACCAAAAAUUUUGAUAUGUCCUUCUUUUCCUGCAGCUUCAAGUAAAAUCACCUCUUUUUCUUCUCUCCGUAAACACUUGGUUUCCAGUAAUUUUAAUAUUCAAUAAAAUUCUAUGGGUUGCUAAAUCAGACUCAAAAUUCGAAAUUAUGAAUCUGAAAUGAAAUAAAAAUUUAACCCAAAUACACUGAAGCAAUUAUAUUCAAGGAAAAUAAUGUUUACACAUCUUACGAAUCUGAAAUAAAAACAAUAUGAAGUUGAAUGUAGUGACAUGGAUUUUAAAAAUUGUUAGGGAUUGUUUCAGAAUAAAGUAGUUCAAUCUGAUAUCUAGGCACAAAAUGCAGCUUGGGCUGAUUAAUUGUUCAAGCAAUAUAAAUUAGCCUGUACUAUUAAUAAGUCAAUGUUUAUAAAAGAGCGAGUAAAUUUGUUCGUAUGACAUGAUUACAAACAAUUUUUCCAUAUUCUUGCGAUGUCGUUGCAUAAAUUACGUUAAAUUUUCACACAACAUGGAAAUAUUGACUUUUCUUUCAAGAAAUAAACUACUCUGUUCUACUAUUUUCGGACUGACGAUUAUAAAUUACCAGGCACGUUUACGAAUAAUUCCUAGUUUACAUCAACGUAACCGAAAAAUGAAAAUGCCUUGUAACAAAGUUUGUUAAGCAGCAAACUUUUACCGCAAUUCACUUCCGUUAACGGAUACCUAUGUGCUGGGUACUUAAAAGUUUCACGGAAAUUAGACGUGGACGUUUAAAUACUUUUGCAACGUAUUCGAUCGUGCAUCUGUAUCAUGAAUCGAUAAAUACGAGGUCGAUCACUGCGAGUACAUUAUUCAGCCCACUGUAAUAGAAACUCCAUUAAUCGCAAUGAAGAAUAAUUUCGUCUUUGAUAGAUUCAAAAAACGUUGAUAAAUCUAGCGAUCGAAAGAUGACCAGAUACCACUAAGGGGGCGACGUUUAGUAGAUACGCGUAACGUCGUAAUGGAAAAAUUGGUUCACGUUGAAACGCAGAUCUGCAAGACGGCCGCGGCGGAAAAUUUAGCGCUCUUGAUUAUGCACCCGUCGACAAAAACUGCACGUCUCGCACCGUAUCAGAGGCUAGGCAAAUAGCUGAUGUAAUUGUAUUCAUAUUCUAUUAUCGGAGUUAAUGAUAAAAAAAACCGAUCAGUUGCCGCACGAGACAGUGAAUGCAGAAGACGCAGAAAAUGCGAUAGCGUACGCUGAGUAUAUAAACAAUAGCUGCAGAAAGACUAUUCGUAAAUAUUAUUCCGUACGGAAAAAUCUUUAUUUCUGUGACGAUCCCUAAGUAGGGAUUGUGGUAGUUAAUAAAUAAUUGUUUUAGAUAGACUGUAUACGUAAAACCGAGAAAUGACAAACGCACGUACAGCCAGCCUGUAGUGUCUGUAUUGCGAAUACGGACACUAUAAUUUAUUCGCUAGGUAUAUUUGGCGAUAAUAAGCUACGUUGACGCAAUACUGGCGCCGUACAGAGAUAAGAAAUCUCUGUGUCACUUGAGGAACUCCGUAUUGAAAAUUUCGGCCGUCAACUCUGUGAAAUGGCGGAGUUCGUGAAGAGAGGAAGUGUGCACCUUGUCAAGUGUGGCAGUAUCCAAAUCAAACAAGCUGCUAAAGAAGUGCGAGCGGCAGUUCGAGCGCGACACGUAGUCGCGGCUCUGGUUGCCGUAGGCUAUGCCCUUUGCGGCGCCGUAGAAGUCAGCGCCUCCGUAGCCCUUCUAGCAAAGCAAGAAGACAACCAUGCUAUCAUCGACACGUCGUGGCAUUGCAAUAUGCUCGUCAAUAUCACGAGCCGCAAUAAAACCGAAGACCACGAAGUCAUUCUCAUGGAGUUACCGCAAGAGGAGCACACGGAGUCCAUUAUGCGCGAAGCAUUCCUCUGGGGUCAGGUAGCAGGUCCCAUUCUAGGGGGUUGCCUAGUCUGGGGUCGUUCUGGACCCUCCAUCGUCUUCUCUCGCGCUGUCCUCAGUGCUUGUCUAGCUUCGCUUUUGGUGCCCGCUGCUUGGAAAGCACCGUCGCACGUCGCACUCAGGUUGUUUCAAGGCCUGUGUACAGGUGCCACAAUGCCCGCGGCUCACAUGUUGGCGAUGACAUGGUUCAAGUCGACGCACAGAAGUUGGUACUUCUCUUGCUACGCGGCCGUAAGCGUUGGCUAUUGCCUUAUGGGGUGGAUUGGUACUGCAAUGGUUCGUGCCUUUGGGCGCGACUCACUGUGCUACGGACUUGCCAUACUCGCUGUUUGCUGGUACUUCGCUUUCAACCGCUGGGUUAAGAACUCUCCGAAGUCUUAUCAGCACGACACCAACGCAGCCGUAAUCCCUUGGGGAAAGCUGUUGAGGUCCGUUCCAGUCUGGGCAUCCGCAGUGGCAACAAUGGGCAAUCAAUGGGGUGAUGCCACGUUGUCUCUUGGGAUGACCAAGUACCUGAAGCUGAUAUACGGCUUUUCCACGGCGAACGACUCAGUGCUCACUACACUACCGCACAUUGGGCACUUCAUGGCUGCACUGACUUGCGGUCUUCUCGUGGACCAUGUUCGAGAAUCUGGUAUGGUCUCAACAACCACUGCCAGGAAGCUGGUUGUAUACAUGGCACACUUCGUACCUGCUGCCCUUUUAUUUGUGGCGGGAUACGCAGGUUGUCAGGCACUUGGUGCCGCUUGGCUCGGGAUCGCGGCCCUCCUGGUCUCCGGAACGGCCCCUGCUGGUGCCCUGGCUGCAGUCGCCGAUUUAGCUCCUGAAGAAUCACCGGCGUGUGCAGCGGCUGCGUGCGCUCUUUGCUCAACCCUCGGAGCAGCGGGACUUCUAGCUGCAAACUACUUCGUCACUCAAGCAAUUCACGGCUCAAUUGCAGGCUCUUGGCGGUUGGUUUUCGGGGUGGCUUCCGUGGUUCUAUUUUCGACAGCGGCUGUGUUUCUGGCACUUGGUAAGGGGGUACAGCAGCCCUGGAUCCCGUCAGUUGCCAGACCGAAGAGUCACGACGUGAUCUAUGAACAGGAUUCUCUCGAGCUUGACUAUGAAGACGUCGGAGUCCAGACGGAACCCUACGAGUUGUUCGAGGCCUACACCUUGACCGAGGACGUGGAGAGCGUAAAAGAAAUGCCUAGAUCCGCCUCAGUCCAUUCGAAAGCUUCAAAAUUAUCCGUAUAAAUAAUACAUUCCAACAUUACACAUCAGCUGGCUCUCGUCAGUGGAUUUGAUUGCUCGAGUACUGAACGUGCUCUGCAACAGUUGAACAAUGAUACAGACCUGUUCUUAACAGAAGUUUGAAACUUUACAGCUUUUUCACGGUUCAAACACGUUAGAUCUAGGAAAUGUUAGACCGAUGUCAAGAGAGAAAAAUAAGUAAGUGAAUGUGUGGCUACAAACGAAAAAUACAUGCAUAAUACAUGCUUGAUAAAAUUAAUUGAGAAUGAUAAUUAAUUGGAUCGGUGAGGGGACGAAAUAUUUCAAAGCAUUUCUCUCAGCGGUAUAGGAUCGCAUUUGAUAUUUACAGACAUAUGCUAUGUAAUAAUGCCUCGUCCGCGACUUGCCAAUUUUUAGAAUUGUACAGCAUAUUUAAUAAGUAUAACACAUUAAUGUAUAGUUUAAGACGCUAGUCGUGGAAUUAUAAAUUUUAAA